CAGUACUACUGACAGAAAAUGCAGUACCACAGUGUAGCUUGUAUGCACGUCCUUUACUUAUUGUGGGGAUUUUUAUCUUGGUUUUCUGCUGCUUUCUAUAUUGAUAUUAACACAGAAGAAUAUGGGGACUAUGACAUGACAGAUUAUCGUGGCAAAUGGUGCAUUGGUGAGUCUGGCACUGUAUACAACAUAGGAGACACAUUUUAUCCUAGUCCUUCAGCUUGCCCUUGUAUAUGUACAGAAGAUGGGCCACUGUGCAUCAAACCAUCAUGUCCAAGAAUCCACCCAAAGUGUAUCCGUUUCAGCUACCAGUCAUGCUGUCCCAAAUGUGAGGCACUAAGCAGCGUGUGUGAAUAUGAUGGAAAGACCUACCAACUAAUGGAAGAAUUUAUGCCAUCUCCAUGUGAAAGGUGCCGUUGUGAAUCUAACAGAGCCAUUUACUGCACAGUCACCGAGUGCCCAUCAGUGCAAUGUGUUAAUCCUGUCUAUGAGCCUGAGAAAUGCUGUCCAGUCUGUAAAAAUGGACCUAACUGCUAUGCCGGCUCUGUGAUUAUCCCUGCAGGCAUGACUGUGAAAACUGGCGAGAGGACAAUAUGUUUCUGUACUUAUGAAGAUGGCACGUGGUACAUUCAGCCGCAAGCCUUAUGUAUAAAACAGCAACGUGAUGUCAGUUCUGGAAAACAACUCAUUACUAACUUCUUUUGAUAGAAUGUCAUUUAUAUAAUUGACAGAUUUUCCUGAAAAUGUUAUUCUCUGUAUAUUUUAUUCAAGUUCUUGAAAAAAAGCACUCACAUAUGUGUAGUUCUGUAGAAAAGAUUAUUGAGAUCUUCCUGCUAUGUGAGAUUUAAAGUAUUAUCAAACCAUUUUGUCAAGAGACUAUGUCUACA